UAGCCACAUUAUAACUAGUAGGGGGGAUCUCUGGUAAGCAAUGGCCACAGCUGCUUCGAAUCCCUACAGCAUUCUCAGCUCGGCUUCCAUGGUCCAUCCGGACGCCUCGGUCAUGCAACAAGGGGGGAGCCCUUUCCGAAACCACCAGAAAGUGCUCCAAAGCGAUUACCUACAGGGCGUACAGAGCAAUGGACACCCGAUCGGGCACCAGUGGGUGAGCAGCUUAGCUGAGGGCAGUCCUUGGUCGGCGGCGCUCGAGCAGCAGGACGUAAAGCCGGGACGGGAAGACCUUCAGCUCGGGGCGAUCAUCCAUCACCGCUCGGCGGCGCAUGUGGCGCAUCACUCGCCGCACACGAAUCAUCAUGCGGGCGUGUGGGGCACGCCCGCGUCUCACAACUCGUCAUCCAUCAACCUCUACCCCCAAACGGGUUUCUCUGUUAACGGAAUACAUGGUGGUUUAACGCCGCCGCCACCUCCACCGAGCUCUGCACCGACUCAGAGUUUGCAUCCCGGACUACGCGAGACGCCCGAACCCGGUGAGCUGGGCACGCACCACUGCCACGAUCACUCGGAUGAGGAAACGCCGACAUCCGACGAGCUCGAGCAAUUCGCCAAACAGUUCAAACAGCGCCGGAUCAAACUGGGUUUUACGCAGGCCGACGUCGGACUGGCACUUGGCACGCUUUACGGCAAUGUCUUCUCACAGACCACGAUCUGUCGCUUCGAAGCGCUGCAGCUCAGCUUUAAAAACAUGUGCAAGCUCAAACCGCUCUUAAACAAAUGGCUCGAAGAGGCUGACUCCUCCACGGGCAGCCCGAGCAGCAUCGACAAGAUCGCCGCACAGGGCAGGAAGCGCAAGAAAAGGACGUCGAUCGAGGUGAGCGUUAAGGGUGUGCUCGAAACACACUUCUUGAAGUGCCCCAAACCAGCGGCACAGGAGAUCUCAUCUUUAGCGGACAGCCUGCAGCUGGAGAAGGAGGUGGUUCGCGUUUGGUUUUGCAACCGACGGCAAAAGGAGAAACGCAUGACGCCGCCGGGAGAACAGCAAGGACACGAGAUUUACUCACACACCGUAAACGCGGACAGCUCGUCUUGCCGUGAUCUCUGACCAAGAUUGUUCUCAAAAAACGCAGAUCUUGGCUUUUCAUCUUUUAUUUUUUUACGGUGGCUUGCUUCUCCAACUUUUUUGCCUUUUCGCUUUCGUAAUACAUUAUUGACAAGAAGCGAAACUCACUGAGCCCAAAAAACAACGAAUGAGAUGUUGCCCUUCAGCUUUUGACUUCUCUGAGACUUGGGCAUUAAUACGACAAAUAAGAAACAAUGUUUAUUUGAAGAAAAUGGACGUUAUUUACCAAAAUGUUUUCUUUUGUAUCACAACAAGAAUAUAAAAAAUUGUGCCUAUUACAAAAACCUCCCAGCGCCUUGGUUUAAAAAAUAGCCUACAAUUAAUACAUCAGGUUGAGUAGGCUGGUCAGUUUUACGCAUAUUAUCGCGUGGCCUUUGUUUUAGAUAGUUUUCCAUGCGCUAGUAGUUAAUUUGCACAUUUCAGUAACAAGAAGACAGCUUACAGUGAUUGUAAUCUGAUUAUUAAUUUCAAUCGAUUUUUAUCGCUGAUGUCUGAAUUCUGACGACGGCCAUUUUAUGCCUCGCGCUUUCAUCUCAAAGCAUUUUAACACUUUUGUUUCAUUUUAGUCGUGUCACUUCGCUGCAAUCAUUUCGAUAUCGAGUACUUUUAUUUCCGUGCGUUAUUACAAGGCAGAAAUAAGUACAGCACUUCAGAAGCACGUCGUUAGUUUAUAGAAAUGUUGCUCUAAAAAGCAACGCACAAACAAGUAAUAGCUAUUUUAUGGUUGUGUGGGUUGUUUUUAGUCAUCCAUCACUGACCACAUUACUGUGUACUGAACGCUAAAAUCGAACAGAAAGCUUGAAAGCGUUGCGCUACACCUAUAGCCUAGACUUAUUUUAUUGUACACGUUCAGUAUCUAAAGUUUUAUAAUCUUAAAUACUCCUGUUAUUUGUUCGUUUCCUAAAUAUUUUUUCCAAUACUGUACAGUUUUGUAUAUUACAAACUUUUUUGAAUUUAUUAAUUUAAACGAAAUACUGUUCAC